CCGGCCAUGGAAGAAUUCGAGUUCCACCGCCUUCUCGAGCACUUCGCGGUCGUUCGUACUCGCGAUUACCACUAUGAAUCUGAGAUGAAGCUAUCAGCGUCGUUGUCAUCGCGAAACUUGGAGGCGUCGAAGUCAUCGAAGAAUUUGACGUCGUCGAAGUCGUCGAAGAAUUUUGAGGCAUCAAAGUCUUCUCGAAAUUUGGACUCGUCAAAAUCGUCGAAGAAACUGAUGCCAUCAAAAUCGCAGCGAAAUUUUACGCCAUCAAGAUCAUCCAGAAAUUUGGCGUCAUCAAGAUCAUCUAGAAAGUUGACAUCAAAAUCAUUGCGAGAGCUUGUGGAAAAGAUGAAUAAAGGGGAUAUGAAGGAAAUCGACAGCAAUGAUUCAUUUUGGGACAAACUGAAGCAAGCUGCUCAGAAACAGGUUGGUGAAGAAGAAGCAGAAAAGUUCUGCAAGGCAUUUCAAGAAGUUUAUAAGAAACUUGUGUAUGAAGAACUGAGUUUGGAUGCUGCUCGGAAGUUUCUAAGCUCAUCACCAUAAAAAUAUAGUAAUGUUGUCCUCCUAGUCAUGGGGCAACAAUUCUGAAAACUGGUUAUUGAAGUGUUAUUCCCCCACUUCUUGUGUCCUAGGAACUGCAUCAGAGCAUUACCUGAUUGCUGAUGUUGUAUAACGUUUUUAAACGGAAAAAAAAAAAAAAAGUUUUGUAUUGCACGAA